CGGUUCUGUCGCGCUCGCUAGCUUCCCCUGGCGAGGAGGCUGCUGCGCUUUCUCCUUCGUUCGCUUCGAGCUUUCGGCGGCGCCUCCGGCUGCGCCUGCGCCACUCCGUAUCGGUCCACGCGCGGGUUCGCGCUACACUUACAGCCCGGCCUCCGGUCCGUGGCAUUAGUGCUUCUCCUCUCCCGUCCGCCCUGCAGCACGCGGCGCGAGAAUCAUGCUCUUCUACUCCUUUUUCAAGUCCCUUGUUGGAAAGGAUGUGGUUGUGGAACUAAAAAAUGACCUGAGCAUCUGCGGAACACUCCAUUCUGUGGAUCAGUAUCUCAACAUCAAACUAACUGACAUUAGUGUCACAGACCCUGAGAAAUACCCUCACAUGUUAUCAGUGAAGAACUGCUUCAUCCGGGGCUCAGUGGUCCGCUAUGUACAGUUGCCAGCAGAUGAGGUCGACACACAGUUGCUCCAGGAUGCAGCAAGGAAGGAGGCGCUACAGCAGAAACAGUGAUGGUUCCUCCUUCGCUUCCCCUCCUUCUUCCAUUGAUGACCCAUAACCUCAUAUCCCAGCCCAGGGCCCCUCUCACCCAUGGGGUGGUUGUUUUUUUGGUUGGUUGGUUUUUAAUAGUGAAGGCUUUUUCUUUAAUGACGAGUUGAGAGGAAUAAUAGUGGGGAGCAGGUUGGUUUUUAAUAGUGAAGGCUUUUUCUUUAAUGAUGAGUAGAUGAGAGGAAUAAUAGUGGGGAGCAGGUAUCCUCUGUUGAGAACGGGAGGACAAGUAGGGUGGGGAACUGCAAAGCCUUCCCAGUCCCCAGCACCUGCUCACUCCUUGCCUGGAAAUUGUAGGAGAGCCUCUAGAUCUCUCCAGGGCAGGAUGUGAUUCUGUUUGGGGGUGGAAGGAAUCUAUCCCGCAUCGGGAAUAAAAUUUAUGAUGCAAAUUUGAGUUGCGGUUUUGUGGUAUGUCUUUUUGGGUCGGGGGGGCAG